CAGUCUUCUUUUAAGACAGACCCAAAAGGCAUUGCCGAACGCAUCGAUCAGUGCAUCCCUAUCUCGUACCAGUCCGAGGCAGCCGGCCAUGGGUCACCAAGGAGCAUCGAACGGCGUGGGGGGCGACGACAUCGGCAGCGCCGCUAGGGCGCACUUCGUGCUGGUCCCGCUGAUGUACCAGGGCCACGUGAUCCCGGCGGUGGACACGGCGAUGCUGCUGGCCACCCACGGCGCGCUCGCCAGCGUCGUGGCCACGCCGUACAACGCCGCGCGCAUCCGCCCGACGAUCGACUUCGCGCGGCGGUCCGGCCUGCCCAUCCGGCUCGUCGAGCUCCCGCUCGACUGCGCCGCGGUGGGCCUGCCCGAGGGAGCCGACGACGUCGACAAGAUCCCGCCGGCGCUCCACACGAACUACUUCGACGCGCUGGCGCUCCUCGCGGCGCCGCUCGAGCAACACCUCCGCGCGCACCCGCCGUACCCGACGUGCAUCGUGUCCGACUUCUGCCACUCCUGGACCGUGGGUGUCGCGGCGAGCCUGAACGUUCCCCGCCUCAGCUUGUACAGCAUGUGCGCGUUCUGCCUCCUGUGCCAGCACAACGUGGAGAGGUUCAACUCGUACGAAGGCGUGGCCCACGACAACGAGCCGGUGGUUGUGCCAGGCCUGGAGAAGAGGAUCGAGGUGACGAGGGCGCAAGCCCCUGGCUUUUUCCGGGCGCCCGGGUUCGACCAUCUAGCCGACGCCAUCGAGUGCGCGCGGGCCAAAGCGGACGGCGUCGUCAUGAACUCCUUCCUGGAGAUGGAGCCGGAGUACGUCGCCGGGUACGAGGCCGCCAGGAACAUGAAGGUGUGGACCAUCGGCCCGGUCUCGCUCUACCACCGGUACGCUGCGACGCUAGCAGCGAGAGGGAACACGACCACCGCCAUCGCUGCCGACGAGUGCAUCCGGUGGCUGGACGACAAGGAGCCCAACAGCGUCGCGUACGUCAGCUUCGGGAGUAUCGUGCAUGCGGAUCCGAAGCAGGUCAUGGAGCUGGGGCUCGGGCUGGAGGCGUCCGGCCACCCGUUCAUCUGGGUCCUGAAGAACCCGGAUCACUACGGCGAGGCGGUGCGCGAGUUCCUGGGGGAACUCGAGGAGCGCGUCGCCGGGCGCGGCAUGCUGAUCAAAGGCUGGUCGCCGCAGGUGCUGAUCCUGAACCACGCGGCGGUGGGCGGCUUCGUGACGCACUGCGGCUGGAACUCCACGCUGGAGGCGAUCGCGGCCGGGCUGCCGGUGGUGACGUGGCCGCACUUCUCCGACCAGUUCUUGAACGAGAAGCUGGCCGUGGAGGUGCUGGGGAUCGGCGUGAGCAUCGGGGUCAAGGAGCCGUUGGUGUGGCGGAUAGAUAACAAAGAGAUCGUGGUGGGGAGAGCUGUGGUGGAGGCGGCGGUCAGGAGCAUCAUGGAUGGAGGAGAUGAGGGGGAGGGCAGGAGGCGGAAGGCACUCGCGCUCUCGGAGAAGGCGAGGGCGGCAGUUGAAGAGGGCGGGUCGUCACUUGCUAAUUUGCUUGAUUUGAUCAAGCGUUUCGAGGUGGACGCAGGAGGUUGCACGACUGAGUGAGUAUCAAAGAGCGCCGAGAAAAUUGAAAAAUACCAUUAUAGUUUGGGCCAGGGCUUUAUAAUCCCACCAUUUUACAAAACUUCAUAAAAAAACAAGGCCAGUGCUAGUCAUCAGGCGGCUGUAAAAGAGCCACAAAUCAGCCUCCUUGUGGACCGUUAGAUUAAGGUAAGUGAGCGAAUUCUGCACGUCCGAUCGCGUGAUACAAAAACAGUCGUAUGUAACAAUUAUUUUCAUAAUAUGUAACAU